AUGCACGGGAUUGGGACGCAGUUUGGGACGCAGUUUGGGACGCAGUUUGGGACGCAGAUUGAGACGCAGAUUGGGACGCAGUUUGGGACGCAGAUUGGGACGCAGUUUGGGACGCAGAUUGGGACGCAGUUUGGGACGCAGAUUGGGACGCAGAUUGGGACGCAGUUUGGGACGCAGAUUGGGACGCAGUUUGGGACGCAGUUUGGGACGCAGAUUGGGACGCAGUUUGGGACGCAGUUUGGGACGCAGAUUGGGACGCAGUUUGGGACGCAGAUUGGGACGCAGUUUGGGACGCAGAUUGGGACAACAUAUUCCGCUGCUCCAGGAGCCCAAAUCACCAGUGGAUCCACUUCUGAAAAUCUUCCCAAUAUUACAAGACACAAGAACCCCAACACGUAG